AGAAAGAAAAACUCACAGUUUGAACACUCAGCCGGUGUGUGUUUAUAGCUCAUUGUUUAUUGUUGAAAUGUUGAAGAUGAGUUUGCAGGUGGAUCUGAUGUGCUGUAAAUCAGUAGGAACUGAUCUGUCCAUGCUGGAUAUUGAUGAUUUGAUGACAGAAAUCUCUCAGCUGAAGAAAGAGGUGGCGUUACUGGAGGCAAAGCUGAGGGAAAGAGAGCUUUCAGAUCAGAGAUCCAGAGACACACAAGACUCAGAGCUCAGCCUCACUUUACUCUGUUAUACUGACGCUCAGGAGAGUGUGUGUGACAGUAAUCAGGGUGAUCAAACCUCCACAGAGUCUCUGGCUUCUGUCUGUAAUGCUGCUGGAGAACAGCAGAUGCUCAAGAUACCAUUGAAGAUGUGUUCAGUGAAGCUGAUGGACUGCAGGAACCUCAUGGAGAUGAGACGAGAAACCACAGCACAGGAACAACAUAGUAAAGAAGAUGAGAAUAACGGUGAUGGUGAUUUUAUUCCUUCAGAUUCAAACAGCAGCUCAUGUUCAGAUGGAGAAACGGCUUCUACAUCAAAAGAGUGUCAGACAGCACAGAGUCUUUCCUGCAUCACCUGUGAGAAGACAUUCAGCUCGCAGGGACGUUUAGCAAGACAUGAGAGAAAACACACAGAGCAGACGUUCUUCAAAUGUAAGAGAUGUGGGAGCAGCUUUUCUACAUUACAAGAGAGAAAGCUUCAUUCAAAAGUGCACAGAGAAAAGGAGAUCCACUGUGAGCAGUGCGGGAAGAUUUUUUUGUUUCAUUCUGUACUGAAAGCUCACAUGAAGACACACAGUGAUGAAAAGCCUUUCCAAUGCAGUGAGUGUGACAAGUGUUUCAGAACUAAAGGUAAUCUUGAUAUUCAUAAGAGAAUACACACAGGGGAGAAACCAUACAAGUGUCCUCGCUGUGAGAAGAGAUUCACCCACGGACCUGAUCUAAAGAAACACAUCCGUUCUCACACCAAUGAGAGGCCGUAUGAGUGCAGUGAAUGUGGGAAAACCUUUAAGCAGUUAGGUAGUCUAAAGUCACAUCAAAAUAUACACUCUGAUCAGAAACCCUAUCAAUGCUCGCACUGCGAUAAAUGUUUCCAUCAAAAAUCUCAUCUGAUAAUCCAUGAGAGAAUGCACUCUGGAGAGAAACCUUACCUCUGCUCUCACUGUGGAAAGAGCUUUUCUAGACCAUCUUCUUUCCAACUGCAUCUGAGAGUGCACACCGGAGAAAAGCCUUAUCACUGUAGCGAUUGUGGGAGGAGUUUCAGUAAACGCGCCUACUUACUAAAGCACCAGAGAAUACAUACAGGAGAAAGACCUUACAAAUGCUCUCUGUGUGAGAAAACAUUUGCUCGACCAGAUGUCCUGAAAACCCAUGAGAGAAUGCAUACAGGAGAGAAACCUUACAGCUGCUUCAUCUGUGGGGAGAGAUUUGCUUAUUUAGGAAGUUUUAAUGCUCAUCAGAAGAAACAUGCUAAAGAUCAAGAACCGUUAUAGUGUUUUCAUGGCUCAGUGGAUGUAGAGACUGUUUCAGCUCAUCCAGAAUCAGUGCAUCAAGCUCUCCCUGCCACUAGGGCAGAAUCACACUGACCUUUCUUGUGGAUUGGGAGAAGAGAUGGAGAGAGAUGAAUACAAUGAAUAUACAGUGGCAUGCAAAAGUUUGGGCACCCCUGAUCAAAAUUUCUGUUGCUGUGAAUAGCUAAGCGAGCAAAAGAUGGCCUGAUUUCCAAAAGGCUUAAAGUUAAAGAUGACACAUUUCUUUAAUAUUUUAAGCAAUUUUACUUUUUUAUCAUCUUUUACAGUUUCAAAAUAACAAAAAAGGGCCUAAAGCAAAAGUGUGGACACCCUGUAUGGUCAGUACUUAGUAACACCCCCUGGCAAGUAUCACAGCUUGUAAAAGCUUUUCGUAGCCAGCUAAGUGUCUUUAAAUUUUUGUCUGGGGGAUUUUUGCCCAUUCUUCCUUGCAAAAGGCUUCUAGUUCUGUGAGAUUCUUGGGCUGUCUUGCAUUCACUGCUCUUUUGAGGUCUAUCCACAGAUUUUCGAUGAUGUUUAGGUCAGGGGACUGUGAGGGCCAUGGCAAAACCUUCAGCUUGCGCCUCUUGAGGUAGUGCAUUGUGGACUUUGAGGUGUGUUUAGGAUCAUUAUCCUGUUGUAGAAGCAAUCCUCUUUUCAUGUUCAGCUUUUUAACAGAUGAUGUUUGCUUCCAGAAUUUGCUGGUAUUUAAUUUAAUCCAUUCCUCUACCAGUGAAAUGUUCCCCUGUGCCACUGGCAUCAACACAAGCCCAAAGCAUGAUCGAUCCACCAUAAAGCUUUGAAAUUUGCAUCACCUAGCCUUUCCAAACGAUGAUUGUGAACAAGCCAUAGCCCUAACAAGCUAAUUAAGGUCUGAGACCUUGAUAAAAGUUAUCUGAGAGCUCAAAUCUCUUGGGGUGCCCAAACUUUUGCAUGGUGCUCCUUUCCUUUUUUUUCACUCUAAAAUUGUAAAAAAAUAAAAAUAAUACACUAAUAUUGCUUGAAACAUUCUUUUCAACAUUUUAUGUAACUUUAUGCCUUUUGGAGAUCAGUUCAUCUUCUACUCACUUAACUAUUCACAGCAACAGAAAUUUUGACCAGGGGUGCCCAAACUUUUGCGUGCCACUGUAGUUGUGUUUGGGCAGAGAUUGUUUUAUACUGAGAUACCAAACUCCACGGCUUUACCAUAGGAGAGAGCGUAAUGGCCAAGUAGCAUGCUACAACAGCAAGUCACCGUUUGCAUAGCUGUAAACUGACACCUACCUGUCGCACAACUGUCUGUGGCUUCUCUUAUAAAACAGCAAUUUUAUCAUAAUAAAUUGCACACAUAGUUCACUCCAAAAGGAUUGUUUCAUGUAAAUGUGUUGAAGAUUAGCAGACAGGCGGUCAAUUCAUGAAGUGAUGAGCUGUUUCCUCACAAAAGCAGUUUAUUUAGUUUACUGAAGUGUCUCCUUAUACAUCCAUUCAAAAAGAACGGCCUCUUCUCUCCUCGACAGUGUACCGGCUUGUUAUGGUAUGGUGUUUUUUUUUUUUUUUUUUUUUUUUGUUUUACUUUGAAGGCUCCCCCUUAAGUAGGGGGGUUCCUGGUUGGGUGAACAGGCUUAUUAUAAUGACUAGGGGUGGGCGAUAUACCGCUAGACAUGAUACAUUUGUCAAAUUUUGGGGUGCACAGAAAGGCUAUUCCAUGAUAUUAUCUCAGGUACAGCGCACCUAAACGCGGAAGACGCUGCUUUAAACACAGAGACAAUGUGCGACAGCGAAAGCCGUUCUUGUAGCGCAUGUUCAUGAGAAACUGUCGGGACAUUGUGCGCGAGUCUUGCAGGCAUCCCAUUCCCUUACUUUGUGCUCCAUAGACUGCGCGCAGAUAUCACCCGCUACUCAUUCUGGUUUCUCUCGAUGUGGGUUUUUAAAAUACACACCAACACCGUUUCUGAUAUUCUGUUCUAAUGAUUGAUAUCAGGAAACAGACCAGCCAUAUUUUCCUUCAGAUAUUUUAUAUUUUCUUUAUAGAACUUAAAUCAGUAAGUUUAUUUCUAUUGGAUAGAUAUGUUUUUACUUAUGUGUCAUUUCUUUGUUGCAUUACUUUGAGAAGAUGUUAAGUUUCUUAAGGAAAGUUUAUAGUAAUAAAAAUAAUAAUAAAAAGAAAUUUCUUUUAAAAUUAAAAGGUUCAAUAUAUUAGUACUCUAAUACUUUUUAAGUAGUAGGCUAGUUGUGUAAUGUCUCUGCACAUUUAAUAAUCUCUGUAAUUUAUGUAAGGGUUAGUGUACAGUCCACCGUCAGUCGUUUAAUAAAGCCUGGCAUUAAUUAUAUGACUACUUGACAAAUGAAUGAAUAUAAAAUUGUUUAGAGCUGAAAUAAUUUUAUGAGCUUGGAUCUUCAGCUGAAAUAGCACACACUACAGACCGUUUUUCUGAGCUCAGACAAUUAACAAAUAAACAACAUUUUGGAAAUGAUUGACAUUAAAGUGUAUUCUUUGUUCUUUGGAAACAGGCUAAAAUUUAACACUCAAAUGCUGUAGCUUACAGUUUUUAGUGGAUUACAGCGUCAUAAAUUUAGUGUUGAUUGUGUUGUCACUCCAGUACAGCAGGAGGCGCUGUGAAGCUCUUUAGUCCGCCGGUAAACUCACUAAAGAAAGAAAGAAGACUUUUUCUUCAACUUUAUUAAACCUUUUGAAAUAACAAACAGGCAUUAUCAUUGUUAAACACAUCAACAGUAAGUCCAAGCAGCAUUUCAUAAACACAAGAAAAAUAAAAUAAAAUAAAGCAAAAUUAUAACAAUGAUUAAAUUACAUUUCAGGGCGGUUAAUCCAUAUAUGUUGCCAGUAAUUUAGAGAGUUUUAAGGCACACCUCUUUUUUAAUUGCUUUUAGGAUUUAAAUAAAUUUUUUAAAUCCUUUUUAAAUGCCUCAAAACAUGGAGAAAUUUUAACAAAUCUACAUUUGUGUAAAUAAAACUUGGCGACAAUCAACAUAUUAUUACACAAAAAUUCAACUUCUUUGUUUUGUAUUACAUUUUUUGUCUUCAAACACUCAUACAAUCUGUCCCAAAAGGACUUAACAAUAGUACAAUUGUAGAAAAGAUGUUCCUGAGAUUCAAUAUCUUUUUGACAGAAUGUACAUACAUUACUAUCCAAAUUAAACCUUAUUCUUAGAUAUUCGUUACAUGGAUAAAUGUCAUUAAUUGUUUUGAAGUGUACUACUUUCAUUUUAGGUAACAAAGGAAAUGACAAAUAUCUAGUUCUAACUUUGAUAGUGUCAGCUUUUGAAAACCUUUGAGAUAAAACCUUUCUUUUAACAGGAGGAGGAAUAUAUUAUUUUGUAAUUAGUGAUCUCAAAAACUUAUUACAUUUAUCAUCCAAGAAAUUAUAAUUGUCAAUCAACAAAUCAACAGAUGUAGGUAUUACAGAAGAAUAUUGUAAUAUACCUUUAAUUAGAUUCCUCAAAGCUACAGGAAUAGCUGUGACAACUAAAGAAUAUUGUCUAUAUGAGCAAUCCAAAUUAAAUUUGAUCUUAAAUUUAUUGUAACUUAACAUAUCUUCAUCCAUUAAAUGCAUUACAGCCCAAACUCCUUUUUCCAACCAGUCUUUAUAAAAUACAUUUAUCCUCUUAUGUGAAAUACACCUGUUAUUCCAAAUUAUAGCAUUAUGUGGAGUAAAAUUAUGCUUGUACAGCAUAUUCCAAUAUAGUAACACCUGCAUAUGAAAAUCAGAUAACUUUAAAUGGCAGUUUUAAUGGGUCAAAAUCACAUCUUAAAAGAAACAAAAUUCCUCCUAUCCUUUAGAAAAGAUGAAAAGGAAGACUAAACCAUAGAGAUUGUUCAUAUUUUAAAAAUGCUUGUAACCAUCUUGACUUAAUAACUCCAUUCAUUACUCCAAAAUCAAUUACAUUCAUCCCUCCUCCUCCUGUUAAUUUUACCAUAUCACCUUUUCGAAUCGAAUGUUGCUUAUUAUUCCAAAUAAAUUUAUAAUGAAUUCUGUUUAUUUCCUUAAUACACCUGUCUGGUACUGCUAAUUAAUAUGCUGGGUACAUUAAUCUUGAUAUUCCUUCCAUCUUUGUUAAUAAAAUACUUCCAAAAAUGGAAAUAAUUCUUUGUAACCAGCUAUUCAGUAUUUUUUUAUUUUUUUGCACAACAGCUUGAAUAUUAUGUUCUUCCCUGUCAGUGAAACUUUUAGUAAUAGUUAUUGCCAAGUAUGUAAUCUCAUUUUUGACUGGAAUAUUAUUAAUUAAAUGUUGUGUAUUAUCAUGAAUAUUCAAGAUCAUAAAUCUAACCCUGAAGCAUCCGAAAAGAAAGAUACUGCUUUUAAGGCAUUAGGUAUUUGAUCAAAGUCCUUUAAAAAUAAGGUUGUAUCAUCCGUUAGUUGUGUAAUUAUCAAGGAUCUACC